AUGGGCCGUGGACCACGAGGUGCAGAAAGUUGCGCCCGACAAUACAACAGAUGGGGAAAGGUGCGGGACAUGGACAAAAUCAAGGAAGCUAUUGAAAGGGAUCUUCAUAAGUCCUUCCCAGCAGAUUUCAUCACUUUGCGAGCCAGUGGAGAAGACGUUCGCGAGAUGAGCAACUGCUCCAGCUCCCCACUCGAGGCAAAUUACUCCUCCCUCUGGACCAUCUCUCCCUACGACUCUGUUCCCCCCGAGAUUCCCCCUUACCUUAUCAUGCGACUCGAGCAUUUUUUGACGGAUGACCAACAAGGUGGUCUUUUGGCCCAAUGGGACCGCUUCAUAGCCUCCUGCGAGGCUUUGCACCUUGGCGUCUGGGAGGUAACUGCCAAAAAACCUCGCCUGACUUUGGAAUCCCGAGAUCAAUCUGAUGAAGCUGUUGAAGCCAUGGACGAUCUUCUGUGUUUCAUCAAGACUUACAUUGCGCCCAAGAUCGGGACUGCCUUUAAAGAACACGCCCCUGUUCAGUGGGAUUGUAUUUUAAAAGCCAAUGAUCGGGUGCUCAAGCUCCUUAAAUGUGACCUCAAGUUGCGCCCCAGUCUUUUUAUGGGUGGCCCAUUUUUUGCUGUGGCAGCCAAAGAAGCUGGAUCGGGGAUCAUGCAUCUUGAUUGGAAUGAUGACAAAGUGAUCUACGCAUUUGCAUCAAAAUUCCCGUCCGCCCUGGGCAGGUACUGGCUGUACUUGCUUGUGUGCUUGCUCAUUUCAGCACACCAGUUACAAGUGGUCGUAGAGUAG